UUCCAGAAGGGCGCAGCCUGCGAGCGCGCUAUAAAUACGUGGACUCAGUUUUCAGGAGUUCAGUCUAGCGGUGCUUCUGAAAGCGCACUAUAUCCUCUUAGUAAUAAUCAGACACAAGCACACACCACAACAUGUCUCUGGAACGCCAAGUCCGCGCCAAGCUUGCUGCCAAGCGCAACCCUGAACAAGAGCAGGAGUGCCAGCAAUGGAUCGAGACAGUCCUUGGUGCCAAAUUCCCUCCUGGUGAAGCUUUUGAGGAUGUCCUUAAGGACGGAACUGUCCUCUGCCAGCUUAUCAACAAGCUGAAGCCAGGUGCAGUUCCCAAAAUUAAUACUUCUGGUGGACAGUUCAAGAUGAUGGAAAAUAUCACCAACUUCCAAGCGGCCAUUAAAGCGUACGGCGUCCCUGACAUCGAUGUGUUCCAGACUGUCGACCUCUGGGAGAAGAAAGACAUCGCGCAAGUCGUCAGCACACUCUUUGCUUUGGGCCGUGAGACAUACAGACACGCCGAAUGGAGUGGACCAUACCUCGGCCCCAAACCCGCUGACGAGUGCAAACGUGACUUCUCCGAGGAAGUGCUGAAGGCCGGCCAGACAGUUAUCGGAUUACAGGCUGGUUCCAACAAGGGUGCCACCCAGGCUGGUCAGAACUUAGGUGCUGGCCGCAAGAUCCUCUUGGGCAAGUGAACCACUCGCCACAUCAUGCACCAAGUGAUAUUAUUUUAUAAGAAUUUUGUACAAAACCAAGUGUGGACGCUGUUGUGAGACUAUAAACCUCAUUUGAAAGCUUUCAAACGAUGAUAUAUUAGUCUCGUUUGACGUGUAAAUCCUUACAAGUCUAUAAACUUAAUUUUGUAGUUAGGUAUAUAAGUCAAGACUUGUUGUUCCAUGUAGCGCCUUAUGAUUUUGUACGUACCUAAGUAUUUAGGAUAAGUGAACAUAUUUAUUUAGAUAUUUAUUUCCAUUUUAUUACCUUUUUAUAAUAAAAAGUAUGAUAUUUUAAAA